AUGAGAAAUUCAAAAGUUGUGGACUUGCUGCCCAUCAAAAAGCCUGCAGGAGUGACACUAUAUGGAUGCAGGAAGAUCUUGAGAGACAGAAUGCUUGAGCAGCAGGAUGAUAUCAGGACAGAGUAUCAUCAAUGUAGUGGCAUCCCUAUAAAGACUGAUCACUUUGCUGAUUUUCACUGCCACACUGCUGCUCCCUCACUCAUACCCAAAAAUACCACUCCCUGGGAACCAUUUUCCUUGCAUAUUGACUUCAACUUUGCUGAACUAAUUCUGAAAGCCAACCUCACAAAACUGCAGAUGAAUGAACUCAUCAGUCUCAUCUGUCAUGCUGUGCUUGAAAGAUUCUCAGUCAUCAACUAUGAUGGCAUCUGUAAGCUGUGGGAUGCUGCAUCUUCAUGCCAUGCAAAAUUCAAAAAGGAAGUGAUUUCUGUCCCGCAUAAGGACCAGGAGCAAAAUUUUGAUAUCUGGUAUAGGUCACUCUGGGAUUGGGCAUGUGACUUACAAUACUUUGUAUGGUUCUUUGAUGAGCCAUGGACAGCUAAUGCCUUUUGGAAUAGUCAAUCAUCCUUGCCGAAGGAUGAAGGAAAGCCCUUUGCUUUCAUUAUAUAUGCUGAUAAGGCAAAGCUCUUCUUGUUUGGUUUUGGUGGCAGUCACCUUGUAGGCUGGCUUCCAAUUGUCAAAGAAGACAAACAGUAUUCUGGGACUCAGUCCUUUGUCAAUUUCAAGAACGUUGUCUGGCAUGAAUUGUUCAAGCAUCUUCUCAAAUCAAUUGUGCUGCUCUCAAAAACUGGUUGUUGGGUCACAUGUUGGGAUAACAUCAAGUGUCUCCUUUACCCGCUUAUUCUCAUUUUAUUAGCUGACUAUGAGAAGCAAUGUGUUAUGGCAUUGAUACAUGGAACCAAGUGCAAAUGCCCUUGUCCUGUUUGUCUCAUUCCUAGAGAAGAGCUUGGGAAUGUACUGACAUUGUAUCCACUGCAAACAAGUGUGCCUAUGCAAGCAACAAUCAUGGAGGCUCGAAGUUUCAAUGUUGCUCACAUGGAUGUCCAUUCUGCAGUCUCAUUUGACCACUUACAUUUUCAGGAAUGCAUCAAAUCAGUUGGUCAGCAGAUACAGUCUAAAAUCAAUGUACACUUUGACUCAAUGCCUCGUUGGUGCAACAUCAAUCAUUUUAACCAUGUUAUGGACAUAUCAUUUUCUGACAGCUCCAAGUAUGAAGAUAUCUCUAAGCUUAUUGUAUUUGCUGCACAUGAUGUCAUUGACCAAGGCACUCAUGCACUCCCUUAUCUGCUCCUUCAAUGCAUCCAUGAAUAUGUGAACAUCAACAUGUAUGCUGCUCUUGAAGUGCACACAUUGGAAACCAUUGCUAUGGGCCGUCUGGCCAUAAUGGAGUUCACACAACUAUUGGAUCAUGCAUAUGCCCACCUGUUUGAUGAUAUCAAAGUGAAGGGUGCUACACAGAAUACUAAUACCAAGCCAAAUGAGAAGUGUCAUGGCCCAAUCAGAUGGAUUUAUCUUUGGUGGAUGAACUUCAAAAAUAUUGCUGAACAGGUACUUUGCCUCGACCAUUGCUUCCUCAUUGCACAUUCAAUUUGUUUGGAUAUUGAGGACUAUGAUGACCUCAUUGCAUCUCAAAAGGACCCUUCAUACUCGAGCAGUGCAGACAAUGAUGAACACCUUGACAAUGACUUGGACACUACAUUUCAUGUUAAGUUGGGUGCAGUGCAAAACAAGCAAACAUUUUUCAUGCCUGAUGAAACUGUAACUGAGCAUCACUUUGUAAAGGUCAACUAUGAGUCCAUUAUGGACUGGUGCACCACUACAGACUCUGGAGUGAUAUUUGGGCAUUUACUGAUGCUUUUCACUUGUGUCAUGGAUGGCCAAACUCAUCCAGUUGCUCUUGUUCACCCAUAUGAUGCUCCAGUUGGACAACACUCUCUCAAAGAUAAACACUUUCAGUUCUGGCAUGUUCAUCAAAGACCAAGGAUCUCAUCUGAAUUUUUUUCAGUUCACUCAAUCAUCUGUGGUGCAGCACUGGUGGAAGAUCAUAGCAUCCAGGGCGAUUACCUGGUUAUUAACACAAUUGAUACUGACAUGUUCUUGUGCAUGAAGUUGAUGCACAAGUCUGCCGGUCAUGUGGAAUGA